AUGGACGUACAAAUACAGCGACCAUCGUCGCCACUGGUACACUUGCAACAGCAACAACAGCAACAGAGGCAACAGAGAGGCGGCACAGGUGGCCUCGCUGGAUUAAGGGUACAGAUGGAGUCCUCAGACGAGGGUCAGAGCAAUGAGGGCGAGCAAUCGGUCGAGAUGUUGGCCACGGCCGUUGUAUCAUUCGUCUAUGUCAGCAAGCAGGCCAGUCUGUUCAGCUUGUUGAUCCAGAUGCUUUCGACCAAGAAGUUCGCACCAGUCAACUUUGUCAAUGCAAUCAAUCCCUUCUCCAACAUUCCCUUCCAGCCAUCGCCCGACCCCUCCAACAAGAUGGGCUUCAGCAGCGAUACGCCAGCCUCCCUCAACAACACCCCUGCCAACCUGGCCUCAAUCAAGACCACCCAAUCACUUAUGUUCCACGUGCUCAACGAUGCAAUCCAAUCCGUCUCCCAACAAUACCAAAAGAACUUCUACCUCCAUAUUAUCGAGCCGCCCACAGUCGCCGGAGCCGACGGCCAUCUGGUCGCCGCGCCACCCGCCGUGCUUCCAUCAUUCCAGUCGUACGACCAGCUGCUGGCCGGCUGUCUAUCGUUCAUCAAUCACAUGUUGUUCGCGGCGCCCACUCACUUUGACUUUGAGAGAUAUCGCCAAUCGAUCAGCGCCAAUGGCAUCAACGAAAUUGUAAAGAAGCACAUCAAGAACAUCAAUGCCAAUGUCAGGUCCGAGUUGCUCCACUACCAAAAGCACCGUCUUGCCAACAUCAAGAUUGGCAAGCAAGUAAAGGACAGACAAAACAUUGACCAUUUGGUAGCCAGAUUGAUAAAGAUGUCUUUCAAAGGCGAGUUGGAGUCACUGCCUUUGGAACAAAAGUUGAGAUUGAUUGGCUUCAAUGGCACAUCAGCAGUGGACCAACAGGAGCUGCUUGGUACAGGUAUACUGGGCCUUCGCAACCUGAUAUACUUUGGAGCACGUUAUUCUAGAAUCUAUAACGAGAUCCUUCAGGUACAAGUACAACGUGACCCAGAGUCGGCCCACUACUCCUUCAUCCAAGUGGCCAUGGCCAUCACAAACUGCAUCUAUGAGAUAUAUAUCGAUGAUGAGAACCUCUAUGAGAUCAUCUUUGACCAGGACGACUGGUUUGAAGAGUUGUUCUCCAUUGCCUUUGAACUCUUUGAUGAGAUCUGGGAGAUGGAGGCCACAGUACCAGAGGACUUUGUAACAGUAUUACACAAGACAAGAAAUCUUGUAUCAAGGAUCAAAUGGACAAAUCCAGACUCGAUCCAAACAUUCCAGGUUAACCUGGGCAACGUGUUGGAUGAUAUUAAGAAUAGGGAGGUGGAGAUGGUCGAGGACACAUACAGGAGAAUGCUGCCAAUGAGUGAUAGUAUCAUUGGAUUGCCAGUCAACUCAACAGGCCCCAUCCAGAUCAACACAUAUCGCCUCCAGAAAUUCUUCAAUGAGUCCAAGAAUAGACUCGAGAGAUUCAAGACAAUGGGCCGCAGGGAUGCCCCGGGCGGCGGAGGUGGCGGUGAGGACGUCGACGUGGCCAGCUCCAGCAGUGGUGAGGUGCCCACCACAGGCUCACCAGACUCUCCUCAGAUGAGCAAGUAUGCUCAGCUGCGACAACAGAUGAAGACCAUGAGCUUCAAGAAGUUGUUCGAGUUGAAUCCACAGUUGCGCGGCAACAAGAAUGCCGACCAACCAAUGCCAGACGAGGCCCAGCAAUACAUUGACGACAACUCCAGUCUAAACAGCAGCAGCAGCACAGUCCAUCAGUUCACAGACAACAGUAGCACCAUAUCACAUAACAACAACACAACCACUGCCGAUGAAGAGUUGAACUCGUUCGGCAGGAUCGUGCGCAUGCUCAAGAAUGCCGUCGCCACUCUACGCUCACGUCAGUUGUUCCACUUCAAUGGCGACCGUCCAUCAAGGGAUGGCGGCAGCGAUGAGAACCCCAAUGGCCUCGAGACUGACGAGCAAAGACAAGGCACCACGGCCGAGAAGUUGCAGGGCACCCUGCGAUCGAGUGGCGCCGCCGUGUACAAUACUAUGAAGAAGGUGGUCAACACGAUCGAGAAGAAGGGCAAGACGAUCAAGCAGCGCGUCAAGGCAGCGCGCAAUGACCAGGAGCUAACCGAAGAGGAACGCGCCGCCAGGGCCGAGAGGAAGCGUCUGAGAAAGGAGCGUCGUGCGGCCAAGCGCAUCAUCUAUGAGCAAGAGAACGAUCAUAUUAUCAACAUGAUGGACCCGACACUGGCUGCCAAGUUGGACCGUGGCAGCUUCGUCGAGCUUGACCUGGACCUGGGUGAGGACUCUGACAGUCUUGACUCAUCAGACGAGUCUGGAGACGACUCUGACUCUGCCGAGGAGUUGGAGUUGGACGUCGACGAGCGUGCCUCAACUUCCUCCUCAAACAACACACCGACCAAGAGCCAGCUUGUCCGCAACAACAGCAACAACAGCAGCAGCAGCAACAGCCACAGCAAUGGACAUAGUACCAAUGGUAGCCGAUACAAUAUCACACAUUCAACAGGCUCGGCAUCCAGUCCCAACACAUCCAGCCCCAUACUGACCAGCAGCAAUAGCCAAGGAGCAAGCUCAAGUCCAUCGCUGGGCACCAGCCCCAACCUGGCCUCAAGCCCAAGCACAGGCCCACCACAGCUUUUCAGAAAGGCUAGCAAUGCCUCGCUCACACUGCCACGUGUCCAACCAAUCGUCAUCCUGCCAAAUAGCAACAACAACAGUGCCAUUGCAUCUGGUACCAAUGGAUACCAACGCACACAGCCCAACAGGACAUCAUCACCUACACUCUCACGCGAGUCCAGUUUGAGACAGGUCACCAACAGCAAUCAAUCCGACAGCAAGCCACUCUUCCUGCCACCAUUGACACCAUCUGCACCCAAGCCACCAAUGUCCCCUGCCCCCAAGGUGUCUUCGCUCUCGAGCGUCGUGGCACCAGUCCCAACUCAAACUCCAGCUCCAGCUCCAACUCCAGCCCCAGCCCCAGCGAAAGUGAGCGAGAUGUCUCAGGUGUUGGAUAUAUUGGAUGACCUUGCUAGUUGCCUGUCACCAGAGCAACAACAGAUGGCUACUGCCGUACCACAACCAACAUCACAAUCAUCCACAACAACAAGGACAGCUGAGCAACAAGCUUACAAGAGGUCGUUUAACAGCAACCCCAAGAUGAAGUUGCCACCAGCACCUGUCAAUGUGCCCUCCUCCUCUUCGCCCAAGUCAUCCACACCAACUUCGACUUCACCAAUCUCCAAUUCACCAGCAGAGCGAUCUCCACUUCUCGCAGGCAACAACAACAACAACAACAGUAACAACAAUUUCAAACAACUCAAGUCAAUGUUUGAGUCCAAUCCUCCACCAGUCAACGAGCCACGAUCACUAAGGGGAUAA